GGAGGCGGCUCAGGUGAGCGGGGCGGGGUCCACCUGCUGGGGUCCCGGGUGUCCAGCCACUGCGCGGUGGGCGGAGGCAGCGGCCGGCAGCGACCCCGGCGUGACAUGCGGUGACCGCCAUGGCCGCCGCCGACGAGCUGGCUUUCCACGAGUUCGAGGAAGCCACCAACCUCCUGGCAGAGACCCCGCAUGCAGCCACCAGCAGCGCGAGCAGCGACCAGCAGAGCCCGCAGGGGCACGUGGCCGUGGCCAUGGGCGCCGGGGACAGCUUUGGAGCCGAGGAGGAGGAAGAGGGGGAUCGGGCAGCGCUCCUGCAGGACCAGCCGCAGCCCGGGUUCUGGACGUUUGCUUACUACCAGGGCUUCUUUGACGUGGACACGGCACAGGUCCUGGACCGCAUCAAAGGCUCGCUGCUGCCCAGGCCCGGCCACAGCUUUGUCCGGCACCACCUGCGGAAUCGGCCGGAUCUGUAUGGCCCCUUUUGGAUUUGCGCCACCUUGGCCUUCGUCCUCGCCGUUACCGGCAACCUGACACUGGUGCUGGCCCAGCGCAGAGACCCCUCCAUCCACUACAGCCCCCAGUUCCACAAGGUGAGCAUAGCUGGCAUCACCAUCUACUGCUACGCCUGGCUGGUGCCGCUGGCGCUGUGGGGCUUCCUACGCUGGCGCAAGGCUGUCCGCGAGCGCGUGGGCCCGUACAGCUUCCUGGAGACCGUGUGCACCUACGGUUACUCGCUCUUCGUCUUCAUCCCCACAGUGGUUCUGUGGCUUAUCCCCGUACCGUGGCUGCAGUGGCUGCUGGGGGCCUUGGCGCUGGCCCUGUCGGCCGCCGGGCUGGUGUUCACGCUGUGGCCGGUGGUGCGUGAGGACAGCCGGCUGGCAGCGGCCGCGCUGUUGUGCACCGUGGUGCUCCUGCACGCCCUGCUGGCACUGGGCUGCAAGCUCUACUUCUUCCAGCCACUACCUCCUCAUGUGGCAGUGCCACCUGCGGCUACGUCUCCUCCCCCGGGGAAGCUGUUCGCCACCUUGGCCCGACUGGCAGCUACCACCUAGCAGCCGCCCAGGUGCCCCCGAGGGAGCACCCGCCGCCCUCUCCACCAAGAUGAUGACUGAAUUCUCCCGUGCCACAUCAAGGCUGCCCUACCACUUUUCCAGGCUUUUCUUACAAAGCAAACACUUUUAUUUUCUAUGCAAAGGUGAUUCCAAGAAUUGAUAGAAAGGGGGGUGGGGUGGGGCGGGGGGCGGACAGCCGAGCAGGGAGUCCGCCCAGUGUGGCUGGGGCUCCAGCCAUAGGGCCAGCCACCCCCCAACAUCCCCAACAGACACCCCCAGCCCAGCCCGUGCCCCUGCCCUGCGGGCCUGGCCUGGCUGUGCUCGGGGCUGGAAACGGGGGUAAGAACUGCCUGUGUUGGAACAAA